AUGGCGUGGCGAAUUAAAAUGAAAACGCGAAAGGCGCCCCCCGGCAUUGAGCACGUUUCGGAGAAGCUAAUAGAAUUCGAAGCCCGAACGCGUGAGGCGCUGAACGAGCCCAUGGACGACAAACGCAGGAAUGAAAUAUCGUGGCCCAUGCAUCGUUUGCAUUAUGAGAAAAACCGGUACUUGUACGACAUGCACUUCAAGGAAAACAAGAUAUCGAAAAAGCUUUUGGAUUAUCUUGUCAACCAGAAGCUUGCGGACGGGAAACUGAUGGCGAAAUGGCGGCGACCCGGAUAUGAGCGUUUGUGUUCUUUGAUGGUAAUUACAAAGUCAAACACGAACUUUGGGACCACAGGUGUUUGUCGUACGCCACUUCGCGGCAGGACUGGUCAAAUCCUUCCCAACGUUCUCACAGGAUGUGUGAGCUGCGCGUCGGGAGAUGGAGGACCGAUUUGGUGGAAUGAUCCAGUUCCAGAGAUAGUCAAAGAACGUAUUGCGGAUGUCGAUCCAGGGAAGGCACAUUUGGUGACCGAGGAACAAGCCCAAGAAGAAGGCCACCAACGAGAUGUGAGCUCUGGUACUCAAGGCGAAGAGGAAGAUAGAGCGGAAAAAGGGGAAGAGCACUCUUAA